AUUUAGGUACCGUGGUAAUACGUGAUGUGGAGUGCAGGGUGGUAUAAAUGAAGAUUCUAUUAGGUUAAUCGUAGAGUUUAAAGGAAGAAAACUUGUCGAUCAACAUGGUACUUAUUGCGGCUGCAGUAUGUACAAAAGCAGGGAAGACCAUUAUUUCCCGUCAAUUUGUGGAAAUGACAAAAGCGAGAAUAGAAGGUUUACUUGCUGCAUUCCCAAAACUGAUGAGUACUGGAAAACAACACACUUUCGUUGAAACUGAAUCUGUUCGUUAUGUUUAUCAACCACUAGAAAAACUGUAUAUGUUACUGAUUACAACAAAAGCAAGUAAUAUAUUGGAGGAUUUAGAAACACUAAGACUUUUCGCAAGAGUGAUUCCAGAAUACUGUAAAUCAAUGGACGAAUUAGAAAUAGCAGAGAAUGCAUUUAAUUUGAUAUUCGCCUUUGAUGAAAUUGUGGCACUGGGGUACAGAGAAAGUGUUAAUUUGGCUCAAAUCAGAACGUUUGUGGAAAUGGAUUCCCAUGAGGAAAGAAUCUAUCAAGCUGUACGAUUCACUCAAGAACGAGAAGCAAAGAAUAAAAUGAGAGAGAAAGCUAAGGAACUGCAAAGACAAAGAAUGGAAGCAAAUAAAAAAGGUGGUCUUAAGAACUCAGGGUUUAGCGGAGGCUAUGGAAUCAGUAGUGGUUUUACUCCUACUCCAAGUGUUGGCGAUUCUGCAGCUUAUGAAGUGCCAUUAAAACCAUCUUAUCCACCUGUGAAAAAAUCUAUUUCUGCUGGUCCAGGUGCGAUGAAACUUGGAGGAAAAGCCCGUGAUGUUGAUUCAUUUGUUGAUCAACUGAAAGAAGAAGGGGAAUCUGUAGUUGCUACUUCGGUUGCAGCAGCUGGAGUUAAGGCAGCACCUAUCACCCCACAAAUUAUCAACACAGAACCGGUACAUCUGAGGCAAGAAGAACGCCUUAAUGUGAGAAUAUUUCGGGAUGGUGCUCUACAAAAUUUCGAGUUACAUGGUCUGGUAACGUUACAUAUCUCUGAUGAAAAGUGGGGACGUAUACGAGUACAGCUGGAGAACAGAGAUUCUCGUGGUAUUCAAUUACAAACUCACCCUAACGUUGAUAAAGAAUUAUUUAGAACGCGUGGACAGAUUGGCUUGAAAACACCAUCAAAACCUUUUCCUCUUAACACGGACGUUGGAGUGUUAAAAUGGCGAUUACAAACUCAAGAUGAAACGGCAUUACCAAUUACCAUAAAUUGCUGGCCCUCCGAGAAUGGAACAGAUGGUUGCGAUGUGAAUAUUGAAUAUGAAUUGGAACAUGAUGAUCUAGAAUUGAAUGACGUCCAAAUAAAUAUUCCUCUUCCCGUUGGUUGUAAUCCAAUUGUAAAUGAAUGUGAUGGACAGUAUACCCAUGAAGCUCGAAGAAAUAUACUGACAUGGUCACUGCCAUUAGUAGAUGCUUCAACUAAAUCAGGAUCUAUGGAAUUCUCAGCUCCUUCAUCUGACCCAUCGGAUUUCUUCCCUAUUCACGUUUCUUUUGCAUCAAAGACAUCAUAUGCGAAAAUUAAAGUCAGUGAAGUAUUGCUCGUUGAAGACGAAAGCCCUGUGAAACAUUCAGUGGAAACAGUUUUCUUUACAGACAGCUAUGAAGUGGUUUAAUUUUGAAGAUGGUAACAAUCAUUGUUCUAAAUGUAUUUAUGUUAUGAAGUAGACAGCUCACACAAAUGAGGAGAAUUCUAUGGUGUAAAAAUUCAAGGCUAUCUUGCCAAUUCUCCAAUUAAUUAGGGAACAAGAAACUUUAUGCAUUUUUGCACUUAUAUGUCAUUUGAGUAUUUUAUCGUUAAUGACCCAAUGUCACAGAAAUAUUAAUAACAAACCACUCGAACAUGUGCUUUUUGAACAUUAGAUGCAAAAGGUUUAAACAUUUUGGAGGUUGGAUGCUCAAGUUAUAUACUUUAAUAACUUUAAUGACUUAGAAGUCACAACUGCUGAAUAUGUUUUAGAAUUCGUAAAAACUAAAUGCACAGUGUUAUUCUUUGUCCGAAAAUUAAUCAUGAAAAUAAUAUCGAACGUUUCUUUUUAAGUAACAGAGUAUAUCGCUCGUUCAUUGUGCGGCAAUAAGAAUUGGAGUCCUAGUGGAGGGCUUUUUGGUCUUCUACCCUGUUGUUACAUUAUGUAGGGAUUUCUUUUAAUCUGGAUAUAGUACUUGUAAAUAAUGUUACAGCCAGAAAGAAGUAAUUUGCUGCCUUACUAAUAAAAACGAUCUUGAAAAAAAGUAGGCACACUUCGAAAAAAUCGUUUUGCAACUAUUAAUUUACCACGAGACACACUGUGUAUUUAAAGGUAUUUUUAAUUUAACUCAAUUUCGUGAUCUUUCUUUUUAUAAAAUAUAACGCUAUAAUAUAAUUUACUUAAUUAGCGUGAAUUCUAGGAUACUUUCCUAGAUUUCAUUGAAAUAAAACAAUAAAUGUGCAUAAUAGCGUAAUUAAUAUCUUUUUUCCUUUGAGCUAGUUGCGCACAAGCUGUUGUGCAAGUCUAACCUCUCUGUUGAGUAUUCAUAAAGUACAGCUUUUAUGUAUUUCUAAAUAUUGAGAGCAAUGAUUGAGAUUGAGCAUAAGGCGAAUGUUUUGAAUAUAAGUAUGAUAAUAUUUGUAAGAAUCGGUUUUCUUUUAUUUCAGAAGUAGUACUACAUAUGUAAAAAGUGAGAAUACGUGUUAAACGUUGAAACAAUAUAUCAGCCGUAUCAAAACGUACAUUUUUUUAUCUCAAAACUGUACAUUUUAUUUCUUUGAUCGGUUAGAUCUUACUUCUGUAGAAAUUAAUUACUUUUAUCUAUGAAAGCAAACCCUUAUCUAUGCAGUUAAAAUUUCGCGAGAAUAAAGUGUUUCCUAGAUGGAAAACUUCAUCGUUA